UCUUCUUCUUCUUCUUCUAUCUCCAUCUCCAAGAUUCCCUGUUUCUUCAUCACAUCAAUGGCGGACAUAACUCACCCGCCUAUGGAACAGCUUCAAGAUUUGGAGUACUGCAUCGAUUCCAACCCACCUUGGCCCGAAACUAUUUUGUUAGCAUUUCAAAACUACAUUCUUAUGAUUGGAACUAGUGUAAUGAUCUCUUCUCUACUAGUCCCCUUGAUGGGUGGAUCAGAUGGCGACAAGGCUCGUGUCAUACAAACGUUACUAUUUGUAGCCGGAAUCAAGACACUUCUACAAACACUAUUCGGAACUAGAUUGCCUGCUGUCGUUGGCGGGUCAUUUGCAUAUGUUAUGCCCAUUCUUUAUAUUAUAAACGAUUCGUCUUUGCAACGAAUCCCUGAUCAUCACGAUAGAUUUAUACAAACAAUGAGAGCUAUUCAAGGGGCGUUAAUUGUUGCUUCUAGCAUUCAAAUUGUAGCGGGUUACAGCCAGCUUUGGGGACUCUUCUCGCGAUUCUUUAGCCCUCUUGGUAUGGCGCCUGUUGUUGGAUUGGUCGGUUUGGGCCUAUUUCAACGUGGAUUUCCUAUGCUAGGAAACUGUGUGGAAAUUGGGUUACCUAUGCUACUUUUGGUUAUUGGCGUUUCACAGUAUUUAAAGCACACAAAGCUACUAAAAGACAUUCCCAUUUUUGAGCGGUUUCCUUUGUUGAUAUGCAUAUCAAUCAUCUGGAUUUAUGCGAUCAUACUAACGGCCAGUGGGGCCUACCGUAAUAGACAACAUGCAACUCAAAUAAGCUGUCGUACAGACAGAGCAAAUAUCAUAUCCACCGCUCCAUGGUUCAAGUUUCCGUACCCUUUACAGUGGGGUCCGCCUACCUUUUCAGCCGGCCAUUCAUUCGCGAUGAUGUCAUCAGUUCUUGUGUCGAUGGUUGAGUCGACUGGUGCAUACAUGGCUGCAUCUCGGUUGGCCAUUGCAACCCCACCACCUGCUUAUGUGCUUAGCAGAGGCAUUGGCUGGCAGGGAAUAGGUAUACUUCUGGAUGGUCUUUAUGGAACCGGAACUGGAUCCACGGUGUCAGUUGAAAAUGUGGGUCUUCUUGGACUAACACGAGUUGGGAGUCGAAGAGUUGUUCAGAUCUCCGCUGGUUUCAUGAUUUUCUUCUCCAUAUUAGGGAAAUUUGGAGCGGUAUUUGCAUCGAUACCAUUUCCAAUAUAUGCAGCAUUGUAUUGUAUUCUAUUUGGCCUUGUAGGUGCGGUUGGAUUAUCAUUUCUUCAAUUCACUAACAUGAAUUCCAUGAGAAACCUCAUCAUAAUCGGGCUAUCCCUUUUUCUUGGAAUUUCCAUUCCUCAAUAUUUUAAUGAGUACGCGACUGUACAACAUGGGCUUGUUCGAACCAAUGCCGGUUGGUUUAAUGCAUUCUUGAAUGCCAUGUUCUCAUCACCGCCGACAGUAGGGUUGAUUGUGGCGGUGUUUCUUGACAACACGUUAGACGUGGUGAAUUCAAAGAAAGAUAGAGGGAUGCCAUGGUGGGUGAAGUUCCGAACGUUUAGAGGGGAUAACCGGAACGAAGAGUUCUACACUUUGCCCUUCAAUUUGAACAGAUUUUUUCCGCCAACGUAACUAAAAGGCGGUGGGGGAAGGCCAUUGAUCAAGAAGAAAGAGACAAGUUAAUUACUAACUCCCAUUUUGUAGUGAUUUUAUGGACAAAAAUGUUCCUUGAAUUUGGGACUGAUUAGGGUUCUUUUUGGGGUCAUAAUUCAGAGUUAAGCUUAUUGUCUUGAUCCAUUAGAUAUUUUGUGUAGGUGCAGAGCAGAGCAGGGUAUAAAUAUUUGAAAUGUCUAUAGAGCUUUUGAUCAUUGGUUCAUUUUGAGGUUUCUAGACUAAUAAAAGUUCAUUUUGAGGUUUA